AUGGGGUCUUGUAUUGGGAUGGUGGUCUCUCGUGGAUUGCCUUGCGUCCUGCUCCUGCUGGCUUGUUGCUGGCUGUGCGAAGCCGGCGCGGGGUUGGCCCCGGCGCUAUACGUGCUCGGCGAUUCGCAGGCGGACGCCGGGACCAACAACCACCUGGUGACGGUGCUCAGGGCGGACCACCCGCACAACGGCGUCGACUACCCGGGCUGCAAGGCCACCGGCAGGUUCAGCAACGGCAAGAACUUCGUCGACUUCCUCGCUGAACAUCUGAAGCUGCCGAGCAGCCCUCCUCCAUACCUGUCCAUCUGCAACACCCCAAGCAGCAAUUCCAUAUAUCUGACUGGCGUCAACUUCGCUUCAGGAGGUGCAGGGGUAUCAAAUCAAACAAACCAGGGUCAGUGCAUCAGCUUCGACCACCAAAUCGAUCACCAAUUCUCCAAGGUGAAUGCAUCACUGGUGCAGCAGCUCGGCCAGGCUCAGGCUUGGGCGCACCUGAGCAGAUCGAUCUUCGCCGUUGCAAUCGGCGGCAACGACAUACUCAACUACGUCCGUCCAAGCCUUGUGAACCAGGUGAUAAGCCCUUGUCCUCCAACUCAGUCUCCUGAUGAGUUCGUCGCCUCGUUGGCUCUCUCGCUGAAAGACCAGCUCCAGAGGCUGUACAAACUCGGGAUGCGCAGGAUGUUCAUCAUCGGAGCAGCGCCACUGGGGUGCUGCCCGGUGCUGCGGGGGAAGGAGGAGUGCGACGAACUAGCAAACUACAUGUCAUCUGAGUACAACAUCAAGGUGGCUUCCCUCCUGCAAGACAUGAGCGACAAGUACCUGGAUAUGCUCUACUCCUUGUUCGACCCAUCCAUUGCAAUGCUCGACUACUUCCAGCGACCAGAAGCAAACGGUUACACUGUGGUGGAUGCAGCGUGUUGCGGGCUAGGAGGGGAGAAAAAUGCCAUGUUUAGCUGCACUCCGGCCAGCUCCCUCUGCAAGAAUCGGACCAGCCACGUUUUCUGGGACUUUGUGCACCCCACGGAGAUCACCGCGCAGAAGCUCACGGCAGUUGCCUUUCAAGGAUCAGCACCCUUCGUGACCCCCAGAAAUGUUGAGCAGCUAUGUGGCACUGCCAUGUAG